CAAAUAGUGCGCUGACAUCCUCUUAAGUGAGAUACCUAUGCGUGUAUAAUAAAUGUUAAAUAAAAAUGCUCAUAACUCACUGAAAAACUGAAUUAUCGUAAAAACUUCAAUCAAAACACAGAUAAUGGUCUUACUAUCAAGUAUCAUAAUAAGUCGAUUCACUCUAAUUUUUAAGCUAACGGUAUAAAACGUGAACUUCUGAGCGUAAAUUUGGUAUGUUACGUACUUGUAAAACGGAGACCACACUGCGGGUGUGGCGUCCUCUUAAUUCAAAACUUCUAUGUUUAUUAAAAUAUUAUAACCAUGCGUUAAUGUCAAUAUUAUAAAGAUGCAUUUUAGAAAUAAAUUAAAAAAUAAUUAUUACCAUUAUUGAAUAUUGCUGUGGCUGAUGUUUCUAAAGAAAAAAAACUGAUUUACCAAGUUACGAACAAAAAGUGAAAUAAAAAUGUCAAUGAUAAUAAAAACUACGACGAACAUUUGGGAAAUGGAAAAAGGAUUUGAUAUUAUUUUAUUCAUUGACAAAAACGACGUCUACAAUAGAAACUACUGGAAGGACGAAUGUUUUCGUCGCAUUAAUGACAAAUAUCCAUUCCAAGAGUUGUUCACGACGAGCAUUAUAAACGUGUCGGGAAAAUCGUGCGCGCUCGUGUAUUCGGUGUACGGCGAGUCAAUAUGCUGUUUGUUGCUGAACGGGCCGCGGCACCAGCGGAAAAACGAAAGUGGCAACGCAAAACUAUACAGCCACAGCAAGGAGAGGAUGAAAAAAAGAGCCGACAGCACGGCUUUGGACGUUGAAACCGGACUGCGGACUAUCAGGGACCGGUUGGUCGGUUACCGGUAUCUGGCGGUGCAGCAGCAGCAGCGGCGUGCGCGGCCGGUCACUUACGAUUUCGAGCUCAUUUUCCGGACGGUUUUCCGCGGGGACAGCGGCGAGUUGUGGCUGUGCGGCCAGCGGAGGCAGUUUCCCUCGCCCCGCGUACGCGUCCGCACCGCCAACGGGUUGUGCUACAAGCGCCGCUUCAAGGUUAUCACCAAAAAUAACGCCAUCGAUCGCAAACCGUCGAAAACAAUAAUAUUACCAGCGGUUACCACGUUUACCCCGAAAUCGGCACCUGCUGCGGUUCCCACGAUAACAGCCGCCAUCGAACUGCUGCUAUCCGACGACGAUUGCGAGAGAACGACUAUGCAACAACCAAAUAUACCAAUCAUUAAAACGAUACCCGAAAAUGUUUGGGACCUAAACACAGACGUUGACAUUAUUUUAUUCAUCGACAUGGACAUCAUGUACAUGGACGAUUGGGAAGACGAAGUGGUGGAACGUGUCAACGACCGUUAUCCUUUCAAAAAUAGGUUGUUGGAGGACAUACAGAUCAUGCCCAUGAGCUCAGGUACCGUGCAGAUAUAUCGGCAAAACGGCGUGUCGAUAUUCUGCGUAUUCUUCAGCAACCGCAUGACCACCCUCAGCGACUGGAUGGAAGACGCCCUGAUAGACAUCAAAAGACUGUUGGCGGGUCACAUACAGUUGGCCAUCCAACAGGACCUGUCCCUCUCGGAGUUUCAAUCGAAUGUCUACAGUAAUUUGUUUUAUUUUUUCCAAUCGGUGUUCACGUACGACACGGUUGUGAUAUGGUUUUGCGGCAGUGGCGAUGUGUAGGGGAGGGGGGGAAUUAACUAUACAGCACUUUUUGCGAUUUUCAAUUAAUGUAGGUACAUUUAACAGUCUUAGAUUCCAAUGUUUUAAUCGUCUUUUUUAUUUAUUAUUUUGUAUAAUUUAUAAUUUUUUUUAUGUUUUUGCCUGAUCAAGUGCGUUUUACGUUUGUUUACAUAAAUAAUAUAUUGACAAUCCUAUAUUAUAUUAAUAUAUUAUAAUAUCUAUAUAGUUGCCAUUCUGAAGAUUGUUUACCCGCAGAAAUAUAUUCCAAUCUAAAAGCUCGCUGUAUGAAUUAAAUGUAAAUCCUUUUUUUAUAAUAUUUUGUUUG